CGAAAGCCAGCGCGCGGUAGUUCGGAUAUACGGCCUGUAUAUUGAUCACGCGACGGCUAGAGAUUAUCACCGAAUUUUCAUUACUUUCACACGGUGGGGCGUCUGCGGCAGCGAUAGCGGACCUAAAAGUUCUGCCGGGUGGUACUGCGCAUUGUCCGGACCGACGGAAUGGCAUCCUAUUAAAGUCACCAAGAUGGAGCCGCCCGGUUCUCUCCUGGCCGAAGUGCCAGAGAUAGUUGGAGGGUAGGAAGCACGAUGUCUCAGAUGGAAGACGAGGGCAACCACGGCAACGACGACACCAGAUGCUUCAUUCUAUCGACAUUGGCCGCUCUGCAGUGGUCUCGAGUUACAUGUGUCCUUUGUCGCGCUGCCAUGCUGGUUUUCGACAGGUAUCCGUUGGUGGACGGCACAUUCUUCUUGUCACCCAGACAACAUUCGCCUGCUUGCGCUGAGGUGAAGGUCGAAGGUCGCACACAAUUUUUGUCAGCUGUGUGCAUGAGUUGUUUGGAGGGCAGCGGCGGGCAGCCUGUACGCUGUCGUUUCUGUACCCAGCCGUGGGAUGGCUCGAGCUUGGUUCUCGGAACCAUGUACAGCUACGAUAUCUUCGCUGCAAUGCCCUGCUGCAGCGAGCGACUCAAGUGCAACAGCUGCCAGAAACCCCUGAUCCACCCUCAUCAGCGACUGAACUUCUACUCGGACUACAGCCGCGUCUUUGGCUGCCCACACUGCAGGACGGUCGACGCCCACUUUGUGAAACCGCUCUCGGCCUGCUUCACUCGCGAGCAGUUUCAGCUCUACAGCCAGUGGCCGUAACCAUUAGAGAACUUAGCAAACCGCCGCCGUAUGCGCACGACCGCGGCUGACUUGUAUCCUCUCUUUUACAAGUCAAUCUCCCUGUUCCGUACGACCGUGCUCUAGAAUCCUCCCCUCGCGACCUUCUAGGAGACUUGACGAUGGCGAACGCGCAUGGGGGCCGCGAUCUUUCCUGGCGCGUGCUGUCGGCCGGAUCCACCGAUGUAUUAAUUCCUAUUAACUCGCCAAACGCUUUUAUUUCGGUCGACAGCUGAUGUUGUUUCUUCGUAAUUCCUUAGGAAUCUUUUUUUUUUUUUAGCAAUCUAUUCUGUAUGCGAUGACGGUACGCGCGAGCCCCUUGGCGCGUUCCCAUAAUACUAAAAUUUAAGAUGUUUCUUUUUAACGUCAAUUGUAGAUUUGUUUGUCUAGAUUGAUCUUAAGCGGGAGACGUCGAAUUAUUGACGUUUCGUUUGACGAUGCGCGAGGCGAGACUUGCAAAAUUAGUAUGCUUUAUUUUCCCCAUAACGUUACUCUUUAAGUUUCUUAAGGCAUUUAUCGUGCGUUUUGCUGUAAUAAACGGUAAUUAAUUUUUUUAUUAGUAUACACUACGUUUUGACAAUUGUGUCAUUACACGGACGUAGUUCUCUGAUAUAGGUGAGUUUUAACUAGUAAAAUUUUUUUUUGUUGGAGAAAUCUGUGUGUUUCAUCAUUUAUGCACAAAAGUUUUGGACUACGAGCUGAAUCACAUCUCUUGGACGGUUUCUUUCGGAAACUUCGGGUGACAAGUGUGACAGCUUCGCCGUCUCCCGUUUCAUAAUAUAGUUGAAAUUACUUUAAAGAAAAAUAAAUACAUGAAAUAAAUUUAGGCGGAGAGAAACGAUAUUAGACACGGAAAGGUCGAUUCUCUUUAUUGUAAACGUGUAUAAAGGAAAAAAAAAAAGAAAAAGGCUACUUUCUAGGAAAGAUUGGGAGGGAAAGAAAGAAGAAAUAACUAUCGUUUGUUACUUAGAUAAUCGAGAACACGUUGUUUUUUUUACAUUUUAUUAGUUUAUACGUUUAUGGCGGCCAUGUUGAUUUUGUUUAAGGAUCUACGACUCAUUCGAUGGGUUUUCAACGUUGAUUCGAUCGGGCGCACGUCGCGACUUUCCGCGAUUCGGGACAGGAGCGUUGCUAAAGAACGGACGAAAUUCGCGCCGGUCGUAAAGAUAAAAGUAAACUCAUUGAAAGAAGAAACCAAUUGUUUGAUACUACCGCUCGUGCUGUGUACACACGGUUUUUUCAUCUAGACGAAAGUGCACGGCUCUCAUUUCUCCGAUCGUCCCGUCAUCGCUCACUCGAGUGUAUAGGACGAUUCUCGCGGAAAGUCGUGAUCGUCCGAAGUAGCCAGUGUAUAUAAUAUAUUAAGUGGGAGAGAAACAAGUGUGUUUGAAGAGGAAGAGAGAACCUCCUUUUUUUCUGGCGAUGCUGGUCGUUGCUGUCCACCAAUAGCGGCCGUCCCACAAACAGACCGCCCACCGUUCUCAAGGUAGUAUAGUCGAUCGUGUACCUUUUUUACGUUACUUCGAUUUAAAAAAAGUAUACUUAAUCCGUAUGUCGGGAGGUAUAUUUAGGAGAUAAUAUAAUGCCCCGUGUGUGUGAUGCGUAACACCGAUGAGGAUCGUGAAGCUGCGCGACUACUUAUUCACGCCUUUGCGUAGCGGGUUAAACUAAAAAGUAUCGUUUUGUUUCCAUGUAAUAUUGAGACAAUAGUAUGCAUUUUUUAAUACGAGCGACGCAUAUUUUUUUUUAACAAUGUAUUCUACGUGAAAAUUUGAGGAAAAUUUAUGUUUGAAUUUUAUUUUGCUGCACAGUGUUAUAUUUAUCAAUUCGAAAUGCACGAAAAUAACACGCAUAUAAAUAACAUUAACUGUAAUCUUUUAAAUAUUUUUUCAAAAACUCAAGUUUUUCUUUUUAUACAUAACAUUUUUAGUUAUUUGUAUGAUUCUCUACGGAAAAAGAUAUCAUGAUUAGAGGGACAAAAAAGUAUAUAGUGGUUAUAUGGUCUAAUAGGCGCAAUUUUUUCUUUUCUUUUUUACGUGUUAUAAAAAAUAAAUAAUACAAGGAAUAAAAUUAUAUUCAUUAAUUAAUUUUUGAAGUAGUCACGCAGUUUCGUUCACUCAUUGAAGAAUCGAAGAAGAGUGAGAUAAGAAAAUAGGGGGGUGAGAAAUAAAAAAAAUAAAAAAAAUUAAAAAAUAAUGCACAGGAAAAUGCGCAACAGCGCUUUGGGGAUGUAUUAUCACUUUGAGAAAAUCUUCCUUGGACAACCAACAUUGGCGAAUCAGACACCUGACGCCGUUUCCUGUGCGCGAUGAAUUAAACUCCCGCAUUAAUUAAUAAUUUCUCGCGCGUUUAGUGCCGGAGGCAAGGACGAUCGCGUUUGAGUCCUUCUCCGAUUGUUUCGUCUCGAUCGUACGUUUUCUCAGAGUGCCAAAUGAGCAAUUGCCAAGCAAAAGCAGCGUUUUAAUAUUUCCUCUAUCUUUCUUCCUUCUUUUCCAAGUUUCGUUUUUCAAUUCGUAUCUUCGUCGUUCUUUAUCUGACCUUUAUCGAAUUCGCCACUUUUGACAAUGCUGAUUAAAAAGCGCAAGUACGGCUGCUCGAUCGAUGGUGAAAGGAACUUGAAUUUCUUUUUCGCAGCACAUGCGAUAAAAAUUUCGAGCGACGUUGGAAGCAUCGAAAUGGGCUCAAUUAUCGCUUUUCAAAAUGAGAUGAAGUCUGGAUCUAGAAAAUGGAAGUACCGCUGUUUUAAACAUUUCCUUUGCUCUUUUAUACGAAGUUUGUCGAAACGUGAGACACAAAAUUGGCCUUUAUAAAAGAAACCACAUUUGCACAUUUUUCAAGGUAAGUGAAACAUUCUUUUCAAAAUUAACGCGACAGCCACUUUCGAGCCGUUUCAAGUUCCUCGUACGAUCGGGAGCGUGUACGAGAAAUUUUCAUUAAUGAUGACUUAUGAGGCGUGUAUGAUAGAUGCAUGUGUCGCCUGUACUCCCUACUGCUUUCAAUUUUUAAUAAGAAUCAGCGACAUGCGCUAUUACUCGCUCCUGUGAGUUCCUGUCGCAAACAAAAACGAGAAAGGAACUGAGAGGAUCAAUAUAGUUUCAAAGUUAUUUACGCGGUUAUUAUUUAUCGUAGCUUUGCACGGAUUGACGCGAUCACGAGAAUUAUUUCAUUGCGUGGAUUCGUAAUAAAUAGAAUCACAAAAGGCUCCUCGUGUUUACGAAAUUUUCCUAAACGCACUUUCUCGGCUAUUUUUCAAUUUUACUCGCAUUUAUUAAAUGCAUCGAUGAUAGAAAAUUGAAGAAUCUUCAAAUUUGGAAAUUUUGAGAAUAUUAAAGUGCGAAACGUCCUUUUAGAUAUAAAACGUACCUUACAUUUUUCUA